AUAGUGCGCAUCCUGAGGGUUGCAGUUCACUCAGACUGAAGUUCCUCUGAGCUGCGCAGAGAAGAGCGGACAGACCAAACUGAUCCCCCGGACAGUCUCUGGGCCCUCUGCGCUGUCCGGCCCGAGCAGCAGCUCAGACCGACCUUUCACUGCCGCUUUAACCGCUGUAAUUUGUUUACAGCACCACUUUCUCCCCACGGAGCGCAGAGUAGCGCACUAGCUAACUCUGCUAGCCAGCUAUGCUAAUGGCGUUUGGACUUCUGAGCGCCUGUUUGUUUGUUUGGGUGGAGAUGAUGUGAAGCAGCUGAUAGAUUAUGAGGAAAUCCGUUUGAUGUUUUCGCUGCUAAAGUGUCCUUUUACAACCGAAGCUGACUAGUUAGCACAAAGCAAGCUAGCUUAGCUUCAGUUCUGUAUUCUAUCUCUAUGGAGCAGCUUAGUUUAGCAUAGCUCGCUAACAUGCUGAGUAUCGGAGAUGGUGCGGUUCUGUUAGAGAGAGUUCGGGAUUCUGCUGCUCAGCUUUGUCUGUAGCCGGUCAGUCCGCUGUCCUGCAGCGUUUACCGAGGCUGUAAGGCUCUCUUAUGGAUCCAGGAUGGAGAACCGUCUCCUGAUCGUCACCCUGCUGGGCUGCAGCGUCACUGUUCUGGAUGUUCAUGGAUUUGAUGAGGUGCGGGUGCGGCUGGGCAAUGCGGACGGGUUCCGCUGCUCCGGUCGAGUGGAGGUGUAUCAGGGUCAUCAAUGGGGGACGGUGUGCUCGCGUGAGUGGGACCUGCGGAACGCGGCAGUGGUCUGCAGGGAGCUGAACUGUGGCUUUGCCUUUGCCACUCGCGGAGGCGCGCACUACGGACGCUUGAGCGGAGAGGUGUGGUGGAGGAAUGUCCGCUGUUCGGGGGACGAGUUAACGCUGGAUCUCUGCGAACGUUCCCUCAACGAUGGAGUGUGUUCACACAAUGAGGACGCGGGAGUGGAGUGCACAGGUAAGCUACCUGCGCCGACGCUGACCAUGCAGUCCCCAUUCUCUGCUUACUCAGCCAGAGAGGCGGUGCUGUUCACCUGCACUGCCCCCUACUGGCACCAUCCCAUAGAAGUCCACUUGUAUAAGAGCGGAGUGGACACCCCUCUGGUGACUCAGCGGGCAGAUUUGAGGCAGACUCGAGUGGAGCUGACUCUCUCUGACCUAGAAACAUCUCACCAGGGCAGCUACAGCUGUCUGUACCGUAUCCAAGGCAACCCCGGCAACUCACCAUCCAGCAACACCAUCAACAUCACCGUCUUGGAGAUCCACACUCCUCAGAUCUGGUAUAACGCAUCUCCGUCGGUGCGGCCCGGCUGGGUGAACCGAGGGCAGAGCUUUAACGUGACCUGUUCCACGCAGCCACAGUAUCCAGGCGGCUCCUUCCAGCUCCGCCUGAUCCGACCCAACGGCACCGUGCGUCACUCUCUGCCCGCCCUCGCGCCCUUCGUUACCUUCAGCUUCUCCAAUGCACAAGCCUCCAACGAGGGCUACUACUGCUGCCUCUACAAGGUCCAGUUCGGUGGACGCACGUUCGUCUCCAGAGAGAGUCAGCCGCUGGCGAUCAAUGUUCGAGGAGCCGACCCGAUUCUAAGCCCUGUGGUCAUCAGUCUGCUGGUGUCCGGUCUCACCUUCAUCAUGGCAAUGUGUGCAAUCCUGAUUGUGGCUAAAGUUUACUGUAAGAGAGCGCGGAAGCCCACCGAGCUGGAGCGCGAGUCCAGAACCUGUGUGGACAACACUUACAUUGCCCUGACCAUUAAAUAACAGGAGAAUGACGAGCGAUCCAAACUCUGGACGUGUUUUUACUGUAAACUGACCAAAUUGCAGGUGAAGAAUAAACCAAAGCUGUAAGAAGCUCCUCGUCUGGGAUCUUUAUAAACUCUGAAAACAAAUCAGACCCUUAAAGCCACAUUUUAACACGAACACAGAAGAGUUCUUACAGGAAAAACACUUUUAUUUGGUAAGACUGCCAGACUAAGAGUUCUUUGUUUUCCAGCCCGUCACAUCAAUCAGAACCGAAACGGCAGUGCUGACUGUGGCUACCGAGAGCAGAAGGACAUAAGGAUUUCUCUGAAAUCUUUCUGGAGUCAGUUGUGAAAAGUUCUUCCAAACAUUCACCAAACUAUGAACUGUGAAAUAAGUUUUUUUUGUACGUUUAUACAUUUGCUUUGUUGUGUUAUUUAUUUUUUCUACUUCGGUUUUUAUUAUUAUAAUUAUUAUUACUAUUAUUAGAUUUUUUAUAUUUGUUUUCUGAACAAAGCCUCCAUCAGUGCGUCAGUCAUGGAAGGCCUUCGGCGCUGUGCAGCGCCACUCCAUUGAAACAGCACUAACGAAGCCAGCGAUGACGUCUGUUUGGCUAAAUCAGCUUAUUAUGAACAGAAUUAUUCCUGUAAUGGUAAAUGAUUUUAGUUUAUGGUGUUCAGCAAUGUUCUUACAAAAAAAACACAUUUCUUUCAAGUGUCUAAAAACACACAAUCACAAUAAAGAUCACACACAAUGAGUGAGUAAUGGGGGUGUAAUGAGUGAGUAAUGGGGUCUAAUGAGUGAGUAAUGGGUGUAAUGGGUGAGUAAUGAGUGAGUAAUGGGUGUAAUAGUUGUAAUGAGUGAGUAAUGGGGUGUAAUGUGUGAGUAAUGGGGUGUAAUGAGUGAGUAAUGGGUAUAAUGGGUGAGUAAUGAGUGAGUAAUGGGUGUAAUAGGUGUAAUGAGUGAGUAAUGGGGUGUAAAGGGUGAGUAAUGGGGUGUAAUGGGUGAGUAAUGAGUGAGUAAUGGGGGUAUUUAGUGAGUAAUGGGUGAGUACUGGGGGAGUGAUGUCGGCUCUCUGUCAUGUUUUCUAAUAUGUAAGGUCUUUCCGAGGUCUUUCCCGAUCAUGUGUGUAAACUCGUGUGUUGGCUCUACUGUGAUCUUCGUGUUUUUUCUGUAAGACGUGAAGCAGAACAGAAUAAAACUGAUAAAGUGGUCAGGCAAGAUG